AUGGCCGGAGCGCUAGUGGCAUUGGCCAGGCGCACGCGAUCCGUGUUGGUCUUUGCGACUACUGCGCUGAUUCUCUUCUACUACACGGUAGAGAACCAGAUAGACAUGCUAAACUCGUAUGCGCAGACGGAGCAUCUCCCACAGAUCAGCAAAGCGAGCGGCGAUAGCGCACCCACGCCGCCCGACGACCUCGCGGAUCCGGUGCAGCUAGUGGCGAAAAACCGCUACUUUCCGCUACUUUUGGACACCUGGAGAGAUGCCCCGCAGGUGCACGACACGGCCGAAGUGCGCCGCAGGGCACCUCGGUACGAUACUCUUCAUGCCAAGGUAGAAAUACGCGAGCGGCCGGCACGUGGCAUGCGCGGUCGUGUUCAGGCGCCGGUUCAUCUGCUCGAAGCGGAUGAUGACCGGCUGCGCGCUAUCCGCGAUGCGUUCAUGCAGGACUGGCAGCAAUACAAACGGCUAGCGUGGGGCCAUGACGGUAUGCAGCCACUAUCAGCACAGCCCUAUGACACCACUGGUCUAGCAACGACCAUGAUCCUGUCUCUAGAGAUGCUGUAUCUGGUCGGGGCGACAGAUGACGCAGAAGCUGUGCUGCAAUUUUUGGGCGGCUUCGAAUUCCACGCUGACAAAAUGCCCGCCGAUUGGAAUGCGACCUCGGAUCCCACACUAGGCGCGCUGAUAGGCGCUUACGAGCUGUCGCACGAGCCUGUGUUACUGUCUAAAGCGGUAGAGCUUGCGGAUAUCAUCUUAGAAGCAUUUAACACGCCUUCUGGCGCGGCAAUGGCGCCGCUAGACGUACGAUCACCUCUGCAGAACAGGCACCCAUAUCGCAGGAGCGCCCUCGCGCAUCUCGCGGGCGUAAGCGUGGAGUUUGCGCGCCUCACGCAGCUGACGCGCGACCAGAAGUACUUCAAUUCCAUAUACGGUCUCUACGACCUUGCUGCCAAUUCUGAAGAUGAGUUUGACCUCGAAGGCCUCGUCACCGACUAUGUUGACCCUAGUGGCUGCGAAAUAACAACAUCCGAGAUUCGUGGGAUCAAGAGCAUUUUCCAGGGACGGUACAUUGGCUGUAAGCUUGUAAGGCGACUGCGUCCGGCCGUGGGCGCUCGCGGUAGUUCUGAUGCAGAAGGCAUACAGUAUUACUCAUGGGACGGGCUCGCAGCGUGGUGCCGCAGCUUACAGGACUUAGCGCUCAUAGUUACAGACCCGGAGCUCAGUGCAGCGUUCAAGAACACGCUCAAGGCCGCCCUGGAGGCAAUCAUGAAUAAUAUGAUUUUCCGACCCGCCCUUCCAGAAUCAGCUGCUGCCUCUGAGCCUGAUGAACCGCUCUUCGUCAGUGCAGUGCGGACAUGGUCGUACACCGAUGCGUCCACCGGUACGGAUGUCGUCAAGGUGAUGCGGGAGUUCGACAUGACCGACGCCUCCUGCGCACUAUCUGGGGUUCUUGCCCUUGCAGGUGCGGCAUUAUUUGUGGAUGACUCCAAGUAUAAGUCAACGGCAAAUGGCAUAAUGGAGGGAUGCGCGCGCUUGCAGCAGCUGCUUGGAACACCGGUGGAGCGCGUCUACGUUGAUCCAUGCGAUGCUGCAGACUGUUACUUCGACGCAGAUAAGAAGUCCCAACUAUUGUCAGAGGGAUACUACCGCAAACAGGGGGACCACAAUGACCUCCUGGAUGGAGUAAAGCUCACUAAAUCCGGUGCAGCCCGGAUUACAGGUGCCAAGAAAUACAUUUUUGUCGACACGGAGCGGUCGUACGACCGGGAUCUAGAGUCCUGGGAUCCCGCUCGGCCGUUGUUCGUUAACGACUGGGAACUGUUGCAGUCACCGGAAGGUCACAUGAUUGAAAGCUUAUUCUACAUGUUCCGCCUGAGCGGUGACUCAAAAUUACGCCUGCGGGCUUGGGAGCACUGGGAAGCCCUGGUCAAGCUGCACACUGCGGUCGGCGCGAAAGGAGUGGCCGAAAGGAAACCGUCAGCUUUUCGCAACAUCCUGGCAGGCGAAAGAGAGGACAUUCUGCCGCCAGAAUGGUUCAGUAAAAGCUUGAAGUACCUUUAUCUAAUGUUCAGCGAUGGCUUAAAAGUCGGCAACCUUGAUGACUGGGUCAUUACCGCCAAGGGUAAUAUGUUUCGUAAGACUAUUUAA